CAAGCUGUCGACUCUCGUCCCCGGCUUGCAGCAACAACAAUAGCGGAACUCGUCCCCUCGAAGCUGGAUCUACCAUGGCGCCCAGUGUCCAGAGCAAUAAGAAGCGCAAGGUCGCGCCCAACGGGUCUGCCGCACCCGACAAGAAGCGCAAGACCCAAGCGACAAGCUCCAAGGCCGCCGCCAAGAAGAAGGCCAGGCGACCUGUGAGCGUCGACUCGCUGCGAUGGCGCAAGGCCACCCUUCCAGACAUGACCAACGACGCAGAGGGGUUCUUCGGCCUGGAGGAGAUCGACGACGUCGAGGUCAUUCGCCACGAGAACAACACGGUCGAGUUCAGGGCUCUGGAGUCUGCCACCGCCAAGGAUGACGACAAACCGGACUCGUCCAAGAAAACAGGAAAAGGUCAACCAAAGACAGAGGAGCAUGAGCGUGGAGAUGCAGUGGACGGAUCAGAUGACGACGAAUUCGAGGGAUUCGACGACGAGCCCUCGCAAGCACCGAUACCCUCUCCAGAUCCUCCAGCGCAAGGCGAUGCCGAAGACGAGACCUCCGCAGCCGGUGAGGAAGAGGGCCAAGACCCAAAGGGGGGUGAUAGCAUCGACGCCGAAAUCUCCAAACCGCUGAAGAAGAAGGAGAAGAAAAAGAAGAAGGUGGCUGUCGAGACGGAGGAGGACCUUGCUUUGGAGAGCAACGUGUUCAAUGCCCUCGUCGACACCGCUGAGGAACCCGAGGAAGAGGUCGACGUCACGGACUGGAAAGGUUUGGGGCUCUCACCACAGAUACUUGCGGCGCUGUCAAAGCUCAAAUUCUCCAAACCGACGCAGAUCCAGGCUGCUGUCGUGCCGCAUAUUCUCGCAGGAAACGAUGUGAUCGGCAAAGCUUCAACGGGUUCUGGAAAGACAUUGGCGUUUGGCAUUCCCAUUGUCGAAAAGUGGCUCCAGAUGAAGUCGGAACAAGAGGAAACUACGGAGCCUGCCGAGAAGGAGGAGGAGAUAGAAGGCGAAUCAACUAUCAAGUCUCCCCUGGCGCUGAUCCUGUCGCCGACGCGAGAGCUAGCCCAUCAGCUGACGGAGCACAUCAAGAACCUGUGCGCAGGGCUGCCCACGUCUCCUUAUGUAUGCUCUGUUACAGGAGGUCUGUCCGUGCAGAAACAGCAAAGACAGCUGGUGAAAGCUGACAUUGUCAUCGGCACGCCUGGUCGCCUGUGGGAAGUCCUUAGCUCGAGUUCCGACUUGAUGCAGAGCUUCCGCGGUAUUGGCUACUUGGUUGUUGACGAGGCUGACAGACUCUUGACUGAGGGUCACUUCAAGGAGGCAUCAGAGAUUCUGUCAGCCCUGGACCGCGUAGAGGUAGAAGAGGAUGGGGAAGAGAGCGAGCCGUCGCCGAGGCAGACUCUUGUUUUCUCUGCGACCUUCCACAAGGGUCUUCAGCAGAAACUGGCAGGAAAAGGUCGCUUCAACCUUAUGACAGAACAGGACUCCAUGGAAUAUCUGCUCAAGAAGCUGAACUUCCGUGAAGAGAAGCCAAAGUUCAUUGACGUCAACCCGGUGUCGCAGAUGGCCGAAGGCUUGAAGGAGGGUCUUGUCGAAUGCGGUGCUAUGGAGAAGGAUCUCUACCUCUAUGCCCUUUUACUCUUUUACCCAACCGCACGGACACUUGUGUUCACAAACUCCAUCAGCUCCGCCAGGCGUAUUACGCCAAUGCUGCAAAACCUCAACCUCUCAGCCUUUGCCCUACAUUCUCAAAUGCCACAAAAGGCGCGGUUGCGGUCCAUCGAGCGAUUCACAGUCGCACCAAAGGGCAAGUCCUCUAUCCUUAUCGCCACGGACGUGGCUGCUCGUGGUCUUGAUAUCCCUGGUGUGGAUCUUGUCGUCCACUACCACGUACCGCGCGCAGCCGACACCUACGUCCACCGCUCGGGCCGUACCGCUCGCGCUCAACAGACGGGACUCAGCAUUCUGCUCUCGGCUCCAGAGGAAGUUACCCCCACUCGCCGCCUGAUCGCCAAGGUCCACUCGCAGCGGGACGGCGGUUCGAGCAAACCCAGCCGCAAGAACUUCUUUGUCCAAUCCGUUGAGAUGGAUCGGAAACUCGUCGGCAGGCUGAAGCCGCGACUCACCCUGGCCAAAAAGAUCGCCGACGCACAGCUCGCCAAGGAGAAGGGCAACAAGGAGGACGACUGGAUGCGCAACGCCGCUGAGGAGCUCGGCGUAGAAUACGACAGUGACGAGAUUGAGAAUGUUGGCAAGUGGGGUGGUCGCGGGAGCGGACGACAGAAGAAAGCCGAGGAGGCAAGAGGCUUGACCAAGGCGGAGCUCGCAGCACUGCGAGCCGAGCUGAGGGAGCUGCUCUCGAAGCGCGUCAACACGGGCGUGAGCGAGAAGUACAUUGCCACCGGAAUGGUGGAUGUGGAUGAGCUCCUCAGGGGCGCGCAAGGAGAUUUCUUGGGCAGGGUGGAGGGACUGGACAUUGCCUCUUUGUAAAAGGGGAAUACUUCACGAAGGUGGUAGCCAUCCUGGCAGACGGAGUACGCCAUAACGUAGGACACCAAACAGUCACGCAUGAGUGCCAGCACGACGAGGUCGGCACGGACGGGUAUGAAAAGCAAGAUAUCCCAGAUAAUACGAGCAAGCAAGCGGCUUUCGCCAACCACACUGUCCCGAGCCUUGGGACGUCGCGAAUAGUUCUCCCUACAUGGUGCCAUACAAUACCGGAGGCGAUCAUCUGACAAGCUAGCGUU